UUUGAGUUUUAGAGGAGGGGAGCUGGUGUAAAUAAACACAUAAUUUCACGUUUUACACAUAACGACAGCAUUCGGGUGCUUGUGUUUAGGGCUGUCGUGAAAAUGUCGAGUGACGGAAACAAGAAGCAGUUUUGGAAAAGAAACGCAGCGAAGGUUCCCGGCAGCAUUCAGCAUGUGUACGGCGCACAACACCCACCUUUCGACCCACUCCUUCAUGCUAACUUAAUUAAAGCAGGCAACAAGCCUCCUCCAGCCACACCGGGCAAGCCCAAGAAGGCUACCACCUUCCAGGAGUUUGAGAGCAUCACAAGCGAUGCCUGGGACGUUGGGGACGAUGACGACGAGUUAUUGGCCAUGGCCGCACAGAACCUUAACAUUGAGGUGGUCAUGGAGACUGCGAAUAAGGUGAUUGAGAAUCACAGCAAGCAGCAGGAGAGACAGAGACUGGAUGACACGACAGAGCUGGAACAAAGAGAAGAGGACACGCAGGAGGAGGUGGCAGAAGAAGAGGAGGAGGGCGAGGACGAGGAAUAUGAAGAUGACAGAGUGGAGGAGGGUGAUGUUACCAGUCCAGAGGUGUCAUUUGCCUCCCAGAGCAGCCCUUACACUGAUGGCCGCCUCGUGAAGUCCCACAGCGAAGCUCCAAUCGGGUCACCGAAAGAUGCAGCAAGCGAGCACGCAGCCCUCCACAGACAGCGGUCCCUGCCCCACCGGCCGCCUGUCAUCCCGCUAGUGGCUCGCAUGGCCGACCAGAACACAUCUGGCACCCCGGCCAUGACCGAGAGGGAAGCAUCCCGUCUGGAUAAGUUCAAACAGUUGUUGGCUGGGCCGAACACAGACCUAGAGGAGCUACGGAAACUCAGCUGGUCUGGAAUCCCACGACAAGUCCGACCGAUUACGUGGAAGCUGCUUUCAGGUUACCUCCCAGCCAAUGCAGAGAGGAGAGAAAGCGUCCUACAGAGGAAGAGACAAGAAUAUUUUGGCUUCAUCCAGCAAUACUACGACUCCCGCAAUGACGAACACCAUCAGGACACAUACAGACAGAUUCACAUUGACAUACCGAGAACUAAUCCUCUUAUUCCUCUCUUUCAACAAGCUUCUGUCCAAGAGAUUUUUGAACGGAUCCUGUUUAUUUGGGCCAUCCGCCACCCGGCCAGCGGCUACGUGCAAGGCAUCAACGACCUGGUCACGCCGUUCUUCGUCGUCUACGUCUUCGAGUACAUCGAGGAGGAAGUGGAAAACUUUGACGUGUCCAGUCUCCAGGAAGAGGCUCUGAGGAACAUUGAGGCUGACAGCUUCUGGUGCAUGAGCAAACUGCUGGACGGCAUCCAGGACAACUAUACAUUUGCCCAGCCAGGCAUCCAGAGGAAAGUCAAGGCCCUGGAGGAGCUGGUCAGCAGGAUUGAUGAGUCUGUGCAUCGCCACAUGCAGCAGUACGAGGUAGAGUACCUGCAGUUCGCCUUUCGCUGGAUGAACAACCUCCUGAUGAGGGAGCUGCCACUACGCUGCACAAUCCGACUGUGGGACACCUACCAGGCUGAACCAGAGGGUUUCUCCCAUUUCCAUCUCUAUGUGUGCGCAGCAUUCCUGGUGAGGUGGAGGAAAGAGAUUCUAGAGGAGAGGGAUUUUCAGGGCUUGAUGAUUCUCCUGCAGAACCUUCCAACAAUGCACUGGGGCAACGAGGAAGUAAGCGUGCUGCUGGCUGAAGCCUACAGGUUGAAGUUUGCCUUCGCUGACGCGCCCAACCACUACAAGAGAUGAUGAGCGUGGCUCUCUGCAGCUGCCCCACCCUUUCUCCUCUUCCUCUUCAUCCUCCUUUCCUUCCCCACACUCAUCUACUGAACUUUGAGGUUCCUACCCCUCGGUGGAAGGACUGCCUCAUUUUCUUAACCCCUGUUUCCCAUAUUGCCCAAUGGGCCUUUCAGCUACUAAGAGAUUUAAAUCAACCAAUGACUGAGAGGACGUGCUGUGUAGCACUCUAACAUGUUGAUGUGGAGCCUUUUUUUAAAUUAUUUUUUUCUCUCUGAUCAGCUCUGAAAUGCGCACUCUCGCAGUCCAGUGCAGACCUCUGAACCCUCUUCAUCAUUUAAGCUUGGUCCGCUCAAGCUGACGCCUCAAAGUACAACCUCUGGUGUGAUGCAGGACCGUGAGCUAUUGCUCAGCACCGCCUGGGGUUUUCUUCAUGGCUCAGAAAAAUGUUCUUUCUCGCUUAUUGUUAUUUCUGAUACCAUGGCAAUACAUUGUUUUUUUUGUUCCCCGAGGCAACGAUUUAACCUUUUUUGUCAGUUUGCCAAGACAAAGAAAGAUGGCAAAAGGGCAGUGCGCUAGAUGGUUUACAUAUUUGAGCCCCUCUCUCCUGGCCACAACACAACCUGAAAGAACGUGACCUCUCGUGUUUUUCUGUGGGGGGGGGGGUUCCCCUGCGUCAUGCCAGGAGGGACGGAUUGUUUUCCUUCAUGACAAAAUAACACACUAAAAUCCUACAGAGAGAGAGAUUGUCAGUCUACAAGUGGAGGAUUGUCUCCCUCUUUCCACAAACCACACACUCACACACACACACACCAACUGAGUCCCUUUCCUUCAUCCCAUCCUCCAACAUCCUGGUGUUUGAGUGUAAAUCGAACAGUGGUUAGAGACUGCCGGUCAGGAGAGUCACACACGCGCAGAUCGACAUAAAACAAAAUAAUAAGCCAUUAGGAGCAAGAAAGCUACUUAUUCCCGCUCAUUAGGUUCUCCUAAUGAAGGGCCAUGUCUUAUCAAUUAGCUACUCCUCCUCUCUGAACUUAGGACUACCUCAGAACACACGUUAACACACAAAGUGGUGAGAACUGGAGAUCCAACUGACCAAAAACACACACGUUGUUACAUGCAUCACAUAACGACAAGAAACAAACAUGCACAUCAACUUGGGCGUCCAAACCGUUCAAAUCGAAACUGGAAUUCUCCUCAUGGAAGCUAAAUUUGUUAUUCACAGAAAAUGGAACAGAUCCAAAUGUGUUAUUUUGCCUUUAUUAAGGUACAAAGUUAAGUUUCUAUCUUUGGGAUCUGUCAACCCCUCCUACACAACUGACCUUUGGGCUCUAUUUUCAGUUGUCUCUUGGUUCGGUGCUUUGACUCCCUCUGCAGCCUAUAAAAUUUGGCGUAUCGAUGGAAGGGGUCUUCGACUGUUUGCUGAGAACAGAUUUCAGAGCAGCUUGUCUGUUUUCGCCUGGUAGUACAAAUGAAGCACAAAUGAAGAUAUUUAGGAAGUAAAUGCCUCUCUUAAAGCAAGUCUUGCAUCAUUGUUAAUGUCUUUCUCUAACUUGGAGAAGCUAGUCCGAAGUUCUCUACAAUAUACUCACCAUACUCUUUCAUUUUAAACGCCCCAUUCUAUUCCAUAUAAAAAGCAGCACAUAUAUGAACAAAAAUAUCUCAUGUGCUUAGUUUAACCUCAUUAUUCUUACUCUCAUGACAUUGAACUGUUCAAUGGUCUUCACAGACGUCAGAAAAAAACCCUUUUUUUAUGUUCUUGUCUUUAUGUUGCUCUGUUCAUAUAGAGCACAUGGGAUGUCUAACCCAAAGUCAGUAGCACCAUAUUGGUGUGAUGUUGGGAGGAGGGGAUGGGAUGUUAAUCAGACAUUCAUGACAUAACACAAAGCUGUUAACGUUUGGAGCCUCCUGUCGCGAUUCCGCCAGGAUCCAUUAUUGUCACCGGAGCCCUGCAAAGAUGGUGCGCGUAGGUGUGUGAAGGGGAGAUGGAAGGAGAGAGAGAGAGGGGGGGGGCGAGGGAGUUGUAUCUCUUUGGAAGUUUCAGCACUUUUUUUCUGUGAGAGCUGUCAGUCUUUGAUCACACAUUGGGAUUUUUUUCUCCUUUUCUUUUUACACAAUCUGCAACAGUUUCACAAGCCCCUCAUCUCCCAUGCUCUCUGACAAGGAAAAACUGCACUUAAUUUAAAAGUCUAUAGCCUUUUUUUCCUUUUUGUAUGAGAUAUAUUCUUUCAAUCAGCGUUUUAAAGAUGUGUCUUUCUCCUCUUGGUUUUAUUUUUUUAUGCUGUUUACAUGACAAGCCUAUUAAGUUGUGCCUGACUCUGGAGACACAAGACAACAUCCUAGUUACGUUUUUUGACCUCCAAUUAACUUGAAAGAUUUUAGAUUUCUGCAAGCGAUAGUAUGACAUUUUGAAUUUGUUGCGAAAAGACAGAAAAUAUCUUUUUUUUUUUGGUUUUGUUUUGUUUGUUUUUCUACACCUUUUUUUGGGUGUGUUAACCACAAACUGAACUGCUUGAUUAUACUCUGGGCAUUAAUGCCAGAUUAACAGUUCAAACAUUGGCCAUUCGAUAAACCCCUCCCCUAAAUAAUGAUUGCCCAGUUAUAAUUUAGCAACCAUAACUAGGCAUGGCAGACCUGUCAAGCUUCUCCACAUUCUGGAGCAGAGUUAGCAGGGAAUUAGAAAGAAUUUAAAGAGUUUUGAGGGUCACAUCUUUUUUUCCCCAGCCUUUCCAAAGUCAGAAACACACAAGGAUGAAUUCUAUACUGUGUUUAAGAUACAACAACAAAAAACAA